GUCCACUUAUAUCGUACGUCACAGACCAAUCACGUCGAAGUCUCGCGGUCGCUUAGAAAUGACGUAGGCUACUGUAAAAGCGUGCUUGUAUGGCUGCCGGCUGGAGAGGAUCUGGCAGACUUUUGUUCCUGUUGCAGAAACAUCACAAUUGUAUCUUUCUGUCUCAGAAAUUAAACCAAUUUGUGAGAAUUUCCCUCCAGUUCUCCACUGUUGUUAAUUCUCAGAAAGCCAUGACUGACCAAUCACAGGCUGAUUUGGGGCUCUACAAGCCCCCUCAGACUGUCCGGGGAAUGACAGACCUGGACCGAGCUGCUUUCAGUCAGACAGUCAGUGUUCCCGCCAUACGGAUACCAACCAAUGUUCUCAACAAAGUGGUGAAAAGUUUAAAGAAAGUGGCACUACAGAGGCCAGGACUCAAACGGGUUGUCGAGGAACACAGUGAAGAUGGGACUAAGGACAGUAGUAAAGGAGAACAUCGGCUGCUGCUAUUGGACCCAAACAACAUUACGACUGCAGAUUCGUUUGGCAGUGAGGAAGCAGAUGCGCUGAAAGCAUAUGGGGUGUCUCAGGAGAUCCAGAGGUAUGAACUGAAACUCACCUAUGAGAACCUUAAGAGUGAAGAGAUACUGCGAGCUGUACUUCCUGAAGGACAGGAUGUGACAUCAGGAUUUAGCAGAGUGGGACACAUCGCCCAUAUGAAUCUGAGAGACCACCAGCUCCCCUACAGAAAACUGAUUGGUCAAGUGAUCAUAGAUAAGAACCCAGGCGUUACUUGUGUGGUCAACAAGACAAACACCAUUGAUUCCACUUACAGGAACUUUCAAAUGGAGGUUUUGGCAGGAGAGAGUAACAUGGUAGCAAAGGUACGUGAGAAUGGCGUAUUUUAUGAGUUUGAUUUCUCCCGCGUGUACUGGAACCCUCGACUGAGCACCGAACACGAGCGCAUUGUUUCCCUUCUUCAGCGUGGCGAUACUGUAGUGGAUGUUUUCGCCGGAGUUGGUCCGUUUGCGAUCCCAGCAGCCCGUCGAGGCUGCGAGAUCCUUGCUAAUGACUUAAACCCAGAGUCCUUUCGUUGGCUCCAGCACAAUGCUAAACUCAACAAGGUUGACCGAAAAAUUACUUCAUUUAACAUGGAUGGACGUGACUUCAUCCGGGGACCCGUACGGGAGCGUCUGCCUGCUCUAAUAAAGGGAUCACACAAAAUUCAUGUGGUGAUGAAUCUUCCCGCUCUGGCUCUCGAGUUCCUUGAUGCUUUUAGAGGUCUUCUGGGCCCAGAGCCAGACCAGAGUCUUUCCUGCCAGGAAAACAACCUGCCGCAGGUGCAUUGCUACGGAUUCUCCAAGGAAGAUGACGCUCAGAGGGAUGUAGUGGAGCGGGCUGAAGCGAGUUUAAAGAUUUCCCUGCAAGGACAGUGUUCUGUGCACCUGGUGAGGAAUGUGGCACCUAAUAAGGAGAUGAUGUGUGUGAGUUUUACACUUCCGAAGGAGGUCCUAUACAGCAAACACACUCAAAACAGAGACAUUUCAGAAGAGCCGUGUCCUAAGAAACAGAAGUGUGAGGAUCUGACAGACUGAAUACACUAAGUGUUGCCUGUUAAAUUGUUUUUAGUUGUUUUUAGUUGUUUUUUUUUAAUAAAUGACCAUUCAAUGUGAGUUAAUGCUGUUGCAUUUCUUUGAGUCGAUCACACAUCCAACACUGACACUUAAAAAAAUAUUUUUUGUGUGUUUAUU